AUUUAUUUAUUUACUUACUUAUUAUUAUUCGUCAAGAAAUUUCCUAAAUAGAACCCUGGAAACCCUAGGUACUCGAUAAACCCUAGAUCAUCAUGAAGAGCAAGAAGCCACUGCGGCCGCUCCAGCUCGCAGUGCCCGAUGAAGCGAUCCAAGUCGACAAGUUCCUGACAGCUAGUGGGACGUUUCAGGAUGGAGAUCUUCGUUUGAAUCAGAAAGGACUUCGAUUGAUGUCCGAAGAUAGCGGUAGUCAACCACCGGACAUUAAAGAGUUUGAGACACAAUUUGCACUAGAAGAUCUUGAGACCAUCAAAGUUAUUGGGAAAGGUAGUGGGGGUGUUGUUCAGCUUGUUCAACACAAAUGGACGGGAUCAUUAUUUGCUUUAAAGGGCAUACAGAUGAAUAUUCAAGAGACAGUCCGCAAACAAAUUGUCCAGGAGCUUAAGAUAAAUCAGUCAUCACAAUGCCCACAUGUUGUUGUUUGUUACCACUCUUUCUAUCACAAUGGCAUUAUUUCUCUUGUCUUGGAAUACAUGAACCGGGGAUCUCUUGUGGAUAUAAUCAAACAAGUCAAGACCAUUCUGGAGCCAUAUCUUGCAGUUCUCUGCAAGCAGGUAUUGGAAGGUCUGGUAUAUUUGCAUCAUGAAAGACAUGUAAUCCAUAGGGACAUAAAGCCAUCAAACUUGUUAGUGAACCACAAAGGUGAAGUGAAGAUUACUGAUUUUGGAGUCAGUGCUGUGCUUGCUAGCUCCAUGGGUCAGCGAGAUACAUUCGUGGGUACCUAUAACUAUAUGGCGCCUGAACGGAUCAGUGGAGGUUCAUAUGACUAUAAAAGUGAUAUCUGGAGUCUGGGUCUUGUAAUACUUGAGUGUGCUAUAGGUCGUUUUCCUUACAUACCAACUGAACAAGAAGAAGGUUUUCUGAGCUUUUACGAACUGCUUGAGGCCAUUGUUGAUCAGCCACCACCCAUUGCUCCACCUGAUCAAUUUUCACCGGAGUUCUGUUCAUUUAUAUCAGCUUGUGUACAGAAGGAUCCUCAGGAAAGGAUGUCAUCUCUGGAGCUGCUGAGUCAUCCAUUCAUCAAGAAGUUUGAAGACAAGGACAUUAGUCUGGGGGUUCUUGUGGAUGGCUUAGAUCCUCCUGUAAAUUAUCUGGGCUAAUGUGCGAUGUAUAUUUUAUGUACGCAUUAAUGACGAACUUGAGAGAAAACCAAUGCUGCCAUCAGCUUAAUGCCAGUGUAUGCGAUUUGCACAGAGAGAUGGCAUAAAAUGAAUGCGUGACUGUUGAACGUAAACGCUCCAGGUUGGGCUAUAGUUUUCUGCAAGUCCUCCUGAAAAUGCGUAAGGAUUUAUUCAAUCAAUUAAAUGAGAGAUUUGAGAUGGCUUUUGCAAAAUGCUUUUAAAUGUUUAUAUACUCGAAUAAUAGUUAUGUUUUUAAGCAGUUGUGCUUUUUCAGUAUAAUAUCCUGUAUUACUUCGUCA